AGGCCAACCUAACGCGCAUGCGUACGGAGCUCCGCCCGGACUGUCGCGAGCGACUCGCAUAUCGAGUAAAGGUGUACUGUGAAGAAUAGUCUAUUAUCACGCUUAUUUUCUUCUUCUUGCGUUUUCACAACAACCCGAAACCAUGUCAGGAGACGAGAUGAUAUUUGAUCCCACUAUGACCAAGAAGAAGAAGAAAAAGAAGAAGCCUUUCAUGCUGGAGGAAGAUGGUGGUGAGGGAGAUGAAGGCCAACAAUUGGAAACAAAAGAGACUGAGGCUGACGGGGGCGAGGAGAAAGAGUUCGAUCUUGAUGAAGAUGAUGGGGGGAGGAAGAGAGAAACAUCAGAUGACCUGGAUGACUUAAACUUCUUGAACCAGAAGAAAAAGAAAAAGAAGUCCAAAAAAGAGAAGAUUUUUGAUGCCGAGCUUGAGGAAGGAAUGAAGGAGCUGAAGAUCGAAACAGAGCCAUCAGAAACACAAGAGGAUGAUGACUUAAUGCUGCCUAAGAAGAAGAAACAUAGAAAAGUCCGAGAUUUUCAAGAGGACACAGACAGUCAAAGCAAGGAUGAUGGUGUCGAAGAUGACGACAGUAAAACCAUCGAUGAUAUCACGUUCAGCUCACAGACAGGCACUGCCUGGGCCGGAUCGGAGAGAGACUACACAUACGAUGAGCUUUUGAAUAGAGUCUUUAACAUCAUGCGGGAAAAAAAUCCAGACAUGGUCGCAGGAGAAAAGAGAAAGUUUGUGAUGAAGCCUCCUCAGGUUGUCAGGGUCGGCACAAAGAAGACCUCCUUCGUAAACUUCACAGACAUCUGCAAACUGUUGCAUCGACAGCCAAAACAUCUUUUGGCGUUUUUGCUAGCUGAGUUAGGUACAAGCGGGUCCAUAGAUGGAAACAAUCAGCUCGUCAUCAAAGGCAGAUUCCAGCAGAAACAGAUAGAGAAUGUCUUAAGAAGAUAUAUAAAGGAGUAUGUGACAUGCCACACGUGUCGGUCUCCUGACACAAUCUUGCAGAAGGACACGCGUCUUUACUUCCUGCAGUGCGAGACGUGUCACUCCCGCUGUUCCGUUGCCAGCAUCAAGACCGGGUUCCAGGCGGUGACGGGCAAGAGAGCGCAGAUGCGUGCCAAAGCCAACUAACGCCUGUCCCUCGACCAUCACACACCUUAUACGGCCCAUCUGAACACAUGCACUCCACGGCCAAACUCAACACAUCCACUCACACCCAGGUUCCUACGGAAUCUCUGCGCUGUUCAGGAAGUCUGAAAUUUCAAACCGAGAUCUCGGCCAUCUCAAGUACAACACUUCAUUUCCUUCAGCUCCUUGGAGCUAUGAAAUUGCCUAUGCACACGAAGAGAGGUUUGAUUUGUUGGGUCUGGCUGUGGAGCAGUGCUGUGAGAUGCGAACCGAGAACACGGAGCCUGGAGGAUUUUAUGAAUGAACUGUUGGUGAAAUUUGUUGUCGCUGUAUUACCUGCAGAGAAACAAUUGAAAUAAAAUGCAUACCAGCUAACGGCAAA